AUGCGUGGCAAAAGAACCUCGAUGAUCUUCCGGACUUUUGCUGCUCCAGCUCCGCAUCAUUCAAGAAGAAACAGUAUGAAAACAUCUCUUCUCUCAGAAACUACCAUGUCUAGUCAAUAUAAGAAUGAUGACACUGCCAACCAGGCUGCGCCGGACCCUCCCCCCUCAAACACGAACCCCGUCACCGGCGAGCGACUUCCUAAGGGUUACAUAGCAGUGUUUGAACCCAACAACUUUAUAUAUACUGACAAUAAUGGCAUUCGACACAACAUUCAUCUACCUGGAGGCACCUACAAGAAGGCUAUGAAAUAUUAUGAAGAGAAGAAUUGGAACGAACUAGCCAAAUUUCCUACAUGGGGUAAAGUUCUACAAUGCUAUGCGAAAGAGAAGGGCCUGCUGACAUUGCGUGCUUAG